AUUAUCGAGAGACAACCAGAUAAAAUUUAAAAAAUAAUUAAAAUAAAAUUGAACGAACAACCGGAAUAAUCAGAGAGAAGCAAAGAGAGAAAGAAGAAAAGAACUCUGUUACAGUAGAGAGAGAAAGAGAGGAGAGAGAGAGAGAGCUCUCUUAGUGGUGAUGACGAUGGACAGAGAGAAGGAGAGAGAGAUAGAGCUCGAGAGUGCAAUGUACACUAACUGUUUGCUCUUAGGGUUGGAUCCGGCCGUAAUCGGAGUCGGAGGUUCCAACGGUACACCUCGGGUUGGACUCUUUCGUCACUCUAACCCUAAGUUGGGAGAACAGCUUCUUUACUUCAUUCUAUCAUCGCUUAGAGGACCAAUUCAAUCUGCAAAAGAUUUUGAUAAGGUUUGGCCAAUCUUCGAUUCGGCUCAAUCACGGGAUUUUCGUAAGGUUGUUCAAGGGAUUAUUAGUGAGCUUGAAUCGCAAGGGGCACUUCCGAGGAGCAAUUCCAGGGUUUCAUCCCUCGCUACGUGCUGUGGACCAAGGUUUGUAGAGCUCUUGUGGCAACUUUCUUUGCAUGCUUUGCGAGAGGUCCAUAGACGAACAUUUUCAUCUGAUGUGGCUUCUAACCCAUUACCAUCUUCGUUAACUGAUGUGGCCUUUUCUCAUGCUGCAACUCUACUUCCUGUGACAAAGGCUAGAAUAGCCCUUGAACGAAGGAGGUUUCUUAAGAAUGCAGAAACAGCAGUACAACGGCAGGCUAUGUGGUCAAAUUUGGCUCACGAAAUGACGGCAGAGUUUCGUGGUCUUUGUGCUGAAGAGGCUUAUCUGCAGCAAGAACUGGAAAAAUUACAUGAUUUGAGGAACAAAGUGAAGUUGGAAGGAGAACAUUGGGAUGAUCUUGUAUCUAGUUCAAGUCAAAAUUCUCAUUUAGUGUCUAAAGCUACUCGUUUGUGGGAGUCUAUAUUAUCACGCAAAAGUCAACACGAAGUUCUUGCUUCUGGUCCUAUUGAGGAUUUAAUAGCUCACCGGGAGCAUAGGUACCGAAUAUCUGGAUCUUCUUUACUUGCAGCUAUGGAUCAGAGUUCUCAGGUUCCCUAUCCAGAUGCAUCAACUGCCCAAUCUGGUGAGCUCACUUCAUCACAUUUGGAUGAAGUAGACCAAAGUGAUGGAUCAUAUAUCACCACGAAUGGAGAAAGGAUGAAUAAUGGCUUAGAUGCAUCUGUUUCACAAGCAAAUGAUGAAACACUUUCUCGAGCAGAGGAAAGAAGUGGAAGAGCCCAAACAACUGUUGAUGUAGCUGAAAUUAUCAGGCGUUGGACACAUGCCUUGCAGCGCAUUCAUAAACAAUCACUUCAUUUGGCAAAAGCUAAUGAUGGAGAGGGUCCUGAAAUUUUACGAAGUUCUCAUGAUGGUGGUUCAAGUGGUCAUGCAGAAUCUUUAGCUACGACUCUUGCAGAACAUCAGCAACACUUAGCUAGCUUUCAGGUUCUCAUCAAUCAACUAAAAGAAGUUGCCCCAACAAUACAGAAUUCAAUAUCAGAGUGUACAGAGAAAGUAAAUAGUAUUUCUACCAAUCUGCCUCCAAUGGUUAAACGUCCUGGUCGUUCAACCUCACCUAGUCAAGCACAUAGCAGCAGGACUAUGGAAAGUAGUACGGAUGAUAUUGCUGAGGUGGCUUCAAAAAUGUCCAAUGUUCAGAUUGAGAAGAUUUCGGCCAGUCCUCCUGCUUUGAAGCUCCCACAGUUAUUCACUUUGACACCGAAUUCUUCUGGAAAGAGUGGAUAUACACAUAAGCGUUACACUUCAACUCCUCAAACUAACCAAGUAGAAAGCCAGCCAGAAAGAAAAUCUUUGGAGCAGCCUUUGUCAAAUAAUCAUACAGAUAAUUUACCACAAGAUAAUGAUAAUUUUUAUGUCCAAGAUUUAAAAAGAGCUGUUAGAGAAGCUGCUUUGUCAACUCAAUCUUUGAAUUCAGAAACACCAGGGGACAAUCUUUCAGAAGAGAGUUCUGAGCACUUCUUUUUACCUCUAUCAUCAUCUGGUUUCUCACGUAUUAGCCCUGAAUUAAAAGGACCUUCAAUGAGAAGUCAGACAACCAGGAGCAAAAGGUUGUUUGCAACUCAAAAAGAUUCUUCCGUGCUUGAAAAUCGUGUCUCUGAUGCACAUACCGAAAGCAAAUAUGAUGAGUUUUCUGACGUUUUAAAUGGUUUGGAUUCACUUCGUGAUUUUGACCAAGUAAAUGGAUUUUUUUCGGUUGCUGGCUCAAAUGGUACUGCUUCUGAUGGACAAAGAUCAUUCUAUGACACUGAUGAAGCUCACGAUCAGGUCUUUUCACCUCCUCUGCUAAUGGACUCAUCACUGCUAGCAGAUACUUAUGAGGACUUACUUGCCCCACUCUCAGAAACCGAAACAGCCUUGAUGGAACAUUGAGAUAAUAUUCUUUUUGAGCAAACUUGCUUAAGGUUUGUUGAUGAGAUGAUUUUGGUUACCUACAUCAUAGUAUUGUUCCCCAUUGCUCGGAAUAUUCUCUUGUUACUCGUGUUUGUCAGCUGACAUGGUCCUGCCAUUGGUUUACGCCUUUUCUGAUCCUUGUUGACAUAUGUAAAUUUUGUUUCUCAUGCUUGCAUGGUUGGUAUGAGUAAAUAUGAAGCAACUAGAAGUGAGUUUACACAUUCUUCAUAGAUUUUCGGUAAACCUGCUAGAAUAUGCAGAAAAUUCAAACUCCAACCAGCACCGGCAGCCAAGCACAGGUUAUGCAGAGAAUUCCUCUGGAUAUGUUUGUAGGUGUUAUAAGUUAAAAAGAAUACGAUGAUUGUAAUUUCUUAGCUCUGAUUGGUAUCAGGUUAGCAAAUCCGGUUUCCCUAGCUCCUUCUUUGUUUCUAUGAACUGCCCAAUUUGAUUAUUGGACUGAUUUUCAUAUUAUAUAUCCCAUAAAUUGUGUCUUACA